AAUGUUUCUCUACAAGGAUGGGUUGCUGCUCCACUUCCUCAUCCUUAGUUUUCUUUUCUCCUCCGACAGAGCAUUUGACCUAAUUUCAGUCAAAGAAAGGGAUGAACUUUCCAUAUACUGUGCUCUUUAAGAUCUAACAAACGCAGAUUUCACUUGGAGGGUAGUGGGAAAAAAAAAGCUUCGCCCAGCCCUUUGGGUCCGAAAUGGCUGGAGAGAGAUCUUUGUCCUUCGAUUCUCUCCGACAAGUUACAGGAAGCAUGUUGGAACUGAACAACGAGGUUGUAAAGAUUAUCCUCGAAGUGAAACAAGAAGAGUUCAAAAGCGAAAGCUUCAUGCCUCUGAUGAAAGCGUAUAUGGACGCCAGCCUCAGGAAUCUGGAUCUCUGUUCAACCUUGGAGCGUUGCAUCAAAUACGCGAGAGAUGGUCAAUUCACCAUUCAUCUCCAUUUGCGAGAAGCUGUUGAAGAUGGCGAUCAGAACAAGAUCCUGAUGACGAGAGCAAAGGAGGAGCUGACGAAACUCCGGACUGAGGACAAUCCUUUCCCUCAACAUGUUUCGGACAUGUUCGACGCGACCCAUCACAGACUCGAGUCUUUGAUUGUCGAAUCGAAUAACCAAACACGCGGAAUCGACAGAAAACUCAAGAGGAUCGAGACAUGGAGUAAGCUGUCGACUGUGCUGUUUGCAAUAGGAUACUUCUCGGUCUUGGUCUUGACAGGCGUAUCAUUAGCUGUAAACGUGCCGUCUCCUGUGGAGAUUCUUGCUAGCGCGUUGUUGGCUACGAUAGGAUCUAUGGGAAAAUGGACGAAUUACUAUUGCAAGCAAGAGGAGAAAAGAAUUCGAAGGGUGAGAGAGAGUCUUGUUGUCUCGGUGAGAACUGGGGCUUACGUCAUGCUGAGAGAUAUGGACAAUGUAAAGAUCAUCGUAGAAAAGUGGAGAGCUGAGAUGGAGAUUCUGUUGAAGAAGGCUGAAGCUGUUCUUAGAGAGGAAGAAGAGAUGGGGGAGAUGAUGAGAGAGUGGGAAACGUUUCAGGGAAUGACCGAAGAGUUAGAUCGAAACGUGAGUAAGGUUUCAGAGGACACGAGGAGAGCGAGGACGGUUUCUUUGCAGAGAAUCCUGCAGGUUAAUUCAUCAGAGGAGGACAAAAUUACAUGUUUGGAGAUUAUCAUGUGAAUGGUUUACAUCUUAAUGGCGGAAGCUUGGAGAAGAUGAAUGCCGGCAUUCAGACACCUUCGUCCUGUUUUUUUUUUUUUUUUUUUUUUUUU